CCCGGGAUCGGCCAAGCGGGUGACUUCACACUUCUGGCCUCUUCUCUGCUCGCGUGUCACUCAUAAUUUUUGCUUUAAUUUACAUUUUAAGAUAUUCGGCGUCGGGUCUCAUCUUCAUUUGUAUGUAAAGCGCAUGCAUACUACUUAUGAAACUCUAGAUGAGUCUUAAACGUUUUACAGAGAUUAACCUGCCAUUGAAUAAUCUGCAUCUGGGAUGGACCCUGCCUGCGGUUUUGCGUCACCUACGCAAGAGUUUUAAAUGUGAUUAAUUGUUGGACGCUUCAUUACCAAAAGAUACUGACAGAUUUGAGAGACUGUAGAGAAGAGCAUAAAAGAACUGGACAUCAUGCUGGGCUCCGGGUUCAAGGCCGAGCGUUUGCGAGUCAACCUGCGCCUGGUUAUCAAUCGCCUCAAACUGCUGGAGAAAAAGAAAACUGAGCUAGCCCAGAAGGCAAGGAAGGAGAUUGCAGAUUACCUGGCAUCAGGGAAGGAUGAACGAGCACGGAUCCGUGUGGAGCACAUCAUCCGAGAAGACUACUUAGUGGAGGCCAUGGAGAUCCUGGAGCUGUACUGUGACCUGCUCUUAGCUCGCUUCGGCUUGAUUCAGUCUAUGAAGGAUCUGGACACUGGCCUGGCGGAAGCCGUCUCUACACUAAUCUGGGCUGCCCCACGACUACAGUCUGAAGUGGCCGAGCUGAAAAUUGUUGCUGACCAGCUGUGUGCAAAGUACAGCAAGGAGUAUGGCAAGCUGUGCAGGACAAACCAGAUCGGGACAGUCAAUGACAGGCUGAUGCACAAGCUGAGCGUGGAGGCUCCCCCCAAAAUCCUGGUGGAGAGGUACCUGAUUGAGAUUGCGAAGAACUACAACGUGCCCUAUGAACCUGACUCGGUGGUGAUGGCUGAAGCCCCAACUGGCGUUGAGGCGGAUCUGAUCGACGUGGGUUUCGUAGACAACACGAAGAAAGGUGGACGUGGAGGAGGGGGCGGUGGGUUCAUGGCCCCCCUGGUUGGUCCUGACGGAGUAGUGCCAAUGCCCAUGCCAAUUCCAUCGCCCUAUCCACCUAUAAAGGGACCGGAGAUCUUCAAUGGAGUACCUGUGGGGACUUAUCAGCCUUUUGCCAACCUACAUCCACCUCCGAUCCCAGCAGCUCCCCCAAUGUAUGAGUCUGUUGAUGACCUUAGUACUGACAAGGAUGUGUCUUCUGCACAGGUGGCUGGUCCUGGACCUAAGCCAGAAGCCUCUACAAAGCCAGGAACUGGCGCUCCAGAUAUCUAUGAUAACUUUGUGCUGCCCGAAUUACCAUCUGUGCCUGAUACACUGCCAAUGGCAUCUGCUGGUGCCAACACCUCCGCGUCUGAAGAUAUUGAUUUCGAUGAUCUUUCUCGGAGAUUUGAGGAGCUGAAGAAGAAAACCUAAGACUGACUCGGCUGUAACACCACUGUGUGGUCUAGGAGCUGGGACCAUGCUGCUUCUCUGUGAAACAGACUCCCAUAGAAAUCAGUUUCCUGUAUUAACCUAAAAUGAAUGCUCUUUCUCUUGACCUCUCUUCCUGCUGUACUUAUACCAAAUGCUGCUGCUGUCUUGGUAUCUGCUGCUCCAGGAGGGGAACUGUGGGCGAUCUGAUAAGACUGGAGCGGGGAACAGCUCUCUGUUGGUAAUUCCACAAGAAAACCUUGUUCUGCCUUCUAGGUUUGACUCCUGGUUCUCUCCAUGGCUCUUGCAGUGUCUCCCACGGGGAUGGGAGAGGGAGGGAGGAUGAAGAAUGACAAGUUUGUCUCCUUAUGAAGGUGGGCCCAAGUGGAGAGUCACCACAGGGUGCCCACCCCACACACAGGGCACAAAGUGCUGAGAGUGACAGAAAUCCCUUUCGAAAGGGUCACUGAGCCUGCUGCUCAGGCUGAGAUGGGGAAUAUCAUGGCAAGUAGAAACGAGGGCUUCCUAGAGUUUUUGCCACACCUUUUACUUGCCCAAUUCUCCUGGCUCCACAGUGGAUCCAGUUGCAGAGCUUAUCUAGGAAGCUGAUGGCCUUGUUUAGUCCCACUGGAUUCUCAGGGAGCCCUUUGUGGCCUUUACUGCUUUAUUUGGGUGGGAGGGUUUGUUUCCCUUUCACAGGAGGGCAGUGCUGUACAGUCUCUUCUGUUCGUCUUCAGCCUGGAUCUGUUGGGAGUGCACACUGGCAGGGCAGCGGAUAAAGAGCAGGGUUCUUGUUGGAUGCUUGGCAGCAGCGUUACUGGUGCCACUGGACUCAGCACAGCUGAAGAUGCUUGUGGCCAGACCAGAGAUGAGUAGGCAGAGCUGCAUCAUUCUCCAUCCACCCCGUCGCUAGCCAGUGCUGCUCGUGCUCACUGGAAAGGCCUUUAGAAGACUGUUGCUGUCUUCUGUGUAACGUAUCUGUACAUAACAUUUUCAAACAGCUUUUCUUUAAUGGUUUUUGAUUGGUUUGUAUCUUGUAGAUUAGUUCCUAAUAAAGUCCAGGACCGUAA